AUGGAAGGGACUAAAACUGUGACAUUCGACUCCCCGGAUAUCGAAGAAACUCAACCACUGAAGAGAAACUUCAGUUCAGACAAUUUAUCCCCUCGUUUUGGACCCAAAAACCCAACAUCCUCCCAGAUGGGCCACGAUUUUCAGGAUUCUCCAUCCUCACCCCAUGGGAUACGAACUAAUAAUUCGUUAGGAACUUCCCGUCCGGGUGAGAAUGAUCAUUCGACCGAUAAGUCAACCAGCACGAACAACUUCAAUCUCAACUCACACUCAACCUAUUCAAUUGCCGCACUGGCCGACGGAAAUUUUGUGGAACAGGGUUCGGAAAUGGCAAAACAAAGCACAUCCAGUUAUUUGAAGGAACAAUUUUUAGCCUUCUUUCAACCGUCAGACAAUAAACUUGCCAUGAAGCUAUUUGGAAGCAAAAAUGCCUUAUUAAAAGAGAAGCGCCGCCAGGCCCAACAAGGCAAAUGGAUUAUUCACCCAUGUAGCAGUUUUCGGUAA